ACAGCUAGAAGUAGCGGGCUAUUAAAUUUACAUGAACUUCCAUAACACGUGGAAAGGUAGAAGUUGAUAAUAAUUACUUGUGUUAUCUGCAGUUGAACUCUGUGGACUGAGCAGCGUGUAAAUGGUGCGAGUUAGUUAUCAGUGUUAGUUAGUUAUUAAUUGAGCUGGGUGCGGAGCGGACUGAUGUGUUUCCCUUGCGAUGCUGCGACGUCACAGCUAGUAAUGUUGACCGUUUUUAAGUCGGUUUGUGUUUCCAAGAAGAAGGUGCGUCUGAAAAUCAACAAAAGUAGCAGCUUCACUACGUUUCUGCAUCGAUGUAGGAUUGUGAAAUUUUUCAAGAACUCAGAGGCAGCUGAGGAGAUGGUAGUCGACCAGCCUAUACAGAACAACCACCAGGACGACUUGCGAACGGUGGUGUGUGAGGGUGCGGGCGCGACACCCGAAUGCCAUCAGCAGGGUGUUGGCGGCGAAGGGGUUGACAAGGAGGGGGGUGGGGGAGGUGAUAGUGGCGAGCAUGAGAUAGAACUGCGUGAUGUGGUGAAGGAAGGCCACGAGAGGGCUGACCCUAGUCAGUUUGAACUGCUCAAAGUGCUCGGCCAAGGAUCGUUCGGAAAGGUGUUUUUAGUCAGAAAAGUUGUUGGAUUAGAUAGUGGAACUUUAUACGCCAUGAAAGUUUUGAAGAAAGCCACUUUAAAAGUUAGAGAUAGAAUGAGAACGAAAAUGGAAAGAAACAUUCUAGUGGACGUAAGGCACCCUUUCAUAGUUAGAUUACACUACGCAUUCCAGACUGAAGGUAAACUGUAUCUAAUACUCGAUUUUCUACGAGGAGGGGAUCUCUUCACUAGGCUUUCAAAUGAGGUCAUGUUCACUGAAGAAGAUGUCAAGUUUUACUUGGCGGAAUUAGCCUUAGCCUUAGACCACAUACAUUCCUUAGGAAUUAUCUACAGAGAUCUUAAACCUGAAAACAUUCUACUAGAUGCGGAUGGUCACAUCUCGCUGACCGACUUUGGCCUUAGCAAACUGCCUCUGGACGACAAAAAGGCCUACUCAUUUUGUGGCACCGUCGAAUACAUGGCUCCCGAGGUCGUCAACAGGAAAGGACAUUCGUUCGCGGCCGACUGGUGGUCGUUUGGUGUACUAAUGUAUGAAAUGUUAACGGGGUCCUUACCGUUCCAAGGAGCCAAUAGGAAAGAGACAAUGACUCAAAUUAUGAAAGCCAAAUUAGGAAUGCCUCAGUUUCUUUCACAAGAAGCUCAGAGUCUUCUCAGAGUUCUGUUCAAGCGAAAUCCAGCCAAUAGGCUUGGUGCAGGCAAAGAAGGUGUCAACGAAAUCAAAACACAUCCGUUUUUUGCGACAAUAGACUGGGAAAAACUAUUGAAAAAAGAGAUUCAUCCUCCAUUCAAACCUGCCGUGAGUCGAGCUGAGGAUGCCUUCUACUUUGAUAGUGAAUUCACAUCCAAAUCGCCAAAAGAUUCGCCGGGAAUUCCUCCGAGCGCCAACGCCCAUGAAUUAUUCAGAGGAUUCAGCUUUAUCGCUCCCUGCCUUCUAGAUCAGGAAAACAUUCAGGAGCUGCCUGUAUCACGCACUGAGCCGGUUACUAAGCUGACGUAUGUGAAAGGAAACGCAGUCACAGACGAAUACGAACUAAGAGAAGAAAUAGGGCGUGGUAGUUACUCAGUAUGUCGAUUAUGUUUACAUAGGUCUACGAAAAUGGAAUAUGCAGUCAAGGUAAUAGAUAAAUCGAAAAGAGAUUGUCAGGAAGAAGUCGAUAUUCUCCUACGAUAUGGUCAUCACAGUAAUAUUGUUACGCUUAGAGACGUUUACGAAGACGACCGUCAUGUGUACCUAGUUAUGGAACUAAUGCGAGGUGGCGAACUGUUGGAUAGGAUACUAAGUCAUAAGUUAUUUUCCGAGAAAGAGGCCAGUGCUAUUAUGCACACUGUAGUAGGCACUGUUUGUUACCUACACCAGCAUGGGGUGGUGCACAGAGACCUGAAGCCGUCAAACCUGUUGUACGCGACGGAGGAGGGGGGAGCAGAUGCACUGCGCCUGUGCGACUUUGGAUUCGCCAAGCAGCUGAGAGCUGAGAAUGGUCUGCUCAUGACUCCUUGCUACACUGCCAACUUUGUCGCGCCUGAGGUUCUAAAGCGACAGGGCUACGACGCGGCUUGCGACAUCUGGUCGCUUGGCGUGCUGCUCUACACACUCCUAGCAGGUCGCACACCAUUUGCCAACGGACCGGCUGAGUCGCCCACGCAGAUAUUGCGUCGCAUCGGUCACAGUCAGCUUGACCUUGAGUCCGGCAACUGGGGCAACGUCUCCUUCGAAGCCAAGGAGUUGGUGAGAAAGAUGCUUCACAUAGACCCCCACAGGAGGCCAACCGCCGCCCAGGUGCUGCAGCACUCGUGGCUUGUGCACAGGCACAAUUUGUCCACGCAUCGGCUGCAACUGCAGGAAGCCAGUGUUAUCAAAGGCGCAAUAUCAGCGACGUAUCGAGCAGUAAGCCAAUCGCCGCGUGCGCCCAACCUGGGCCCAGUUGUGAUGAGUGAGCUGGCUCGACGCAGGCGCAAGUCGCGCCCAAAAAGCUCCACUGAAGUCUGAGUCAGAAUCCCGCCUAGCGCCACGCUACUAACUGUCACCUGACCACGCCCUGUGCCAACUUACUAUUAGAAAGAAGACUGGCAACGUCGCAAAAGACUGUCGGUUCACUGGCCAUUGCAAAACUAUUGUCAGUAAAAAUUGGCAAUGUCGCAGAAGACUUUUGGUUUGCUGGAAUUGUUGCAAAAAGAUUGUCGAUAAAAACUGGCAACGUCGCAGAAGGCUGUUGGCUCGCUGGCAACUUUGCAAACGACUGUCGGUCAAAACUGGCAACGUCGCAAAAAGAUUGUCGUUCACCUGGCAUCGUUGCAAAAAGAUUGUCAGUCAACUGGCAACGUCGCAAAAAUAUUGUCGGUCAAAACUGGCAACGUUGUAAAAGAUUGUCGGUUCACUGGCCACGUUGCAAAAAAAAUCACCAGUCAAUUGGCAACGCCGCAAAAACCCUGCCUAUUCACUGGCUAAAACAUUGUCAGUCUAAACUGGCAACGUUGCCGAAAUAUUAUCACCUGGCAACGUCGCAAAAGACUGUCUAUCUACUGGCAACGUUGCAAAAAGACUAUCCAUUAACUGGCAACCUUGCAAACCAGUCAACUGGCAACGCUGUCUUGAAUCAAUCACUAUUGUUGAUGUCUUCAGCCGCUUCAACCAACGGUAAAAGUUAUUGGUUUUCAUAAAAUCGAUGACUGUAAUUUUUCUAACAGUUUGCACGGUUAAAUCAUGUGUGCAAACUCUUUUACUUGAAUGUCUAUCCAGUUGUUAGUAUGUUAUAGAUGAACAAAGAUGUAUUAGCUUCUUACUAGUUGACGUUGUAUGCUGUUAUCAACAACUAUUUGAUGUUUUCAGAUAUUUUUUGUUAAGUGUGUGUGUACUUUGUGGAGAAUUAGAUCAAAUCAUUUAUUGCUAGAAUAUAUAUUAGAAAUGUUACAAAAACAUCAAUGAACCAAAUGUACAUCCAUAAAACCAAUUUCAAAAAGCGAACCAAAUGUACAUCCAUAAAACCAAUUUCAAAAAGCAUAUUAUAACACGUGAACUAAAAUCAAAUUGUCAAAAUUCUUCAAUUGGAUAAUAGAAAUUUCUCAUGAGAAUUUUUUUUCAAAUUUGUCUUGUCCUGAUUUGUCUUAAUCCUUCAAAAGAAAACCCAGUUCUCACAAACAAAAUAAUACUAUGAACACCUAUCAAAAAAUUCUUCCAAUUCUAUUUUUAUCAAACACUUUCAACAUUUGAAACAAAAAAUUAAUAUAUUUUUUCAGCAUUCAAAUUAUACCAGUGUUGAUUCACUUACUGUAUUAUCAUUCCAACUUUUUUCAAAUAUUUUUGAAAAGUAGUUUUUCUCCAUUUAGUACACACACUAACUAUAUCGAUAAGUAUGUAUUAUCAGAGCUCAUUACUGUAUGAUCUCUUUGUAAAAUUCGCUUACUAGAAGUUAAUGUUUUCAUACGAAGAUUACGUAUAUUUUAAUAAAGGUUAUUUUUAAAUUACAUAGAUUUUGCUGUAAAUAAAUUCAUUUGUCUUGAACUGUAUCAUAUGUGUAUAUCAUACGUUGUUUAGAAAUAAUAUUAUUGUUGAUGUGAAUACAGUAUACAUUAUAAUCAUUGAACAUUUCUUAAAAUUAACGUAAUUUUUAUUAGAUUAAGUAUUGCAAACUGAAUGUGAUUAGUGUGUAUUGUCGUAUUUUACGAUUGAUCUUUAGAUUUUUAAAUAAUACCAUCACAGAGAACAGUAGAGAAUAAAUAUGUAUUUUCAUUGAAGAAAUUUAUAUAUAGAUCGUUGUACAAUAAUACCUCCAUGUGUCUAUUUUUAUCUGAUUUCCGGAUUUAUGUGGUUAAGUUUUUCAAUCAAUUAUCUUCAAUAAUUCAAGAGAAGAUGAAUAGAGUGAUUUAGCUGUAUAAAUUACUGGGUCUUGAAUCAACAAUUAAGUUGAAUAUAUUCCAUGAAUUCCCUAGAAAGAUUAUUGAAAGUUUGUUCGAAUUCCCUAUGAUGAGAAUUCCCUAGUUGAGAAUUAUAUUAAAUGAUUUAAUGAGAACGUAUUUACAUAGAGUAGAUAUUUAUUUCACGUUCAUAUUUUUCAUAAACAUUUCUCUCCCAGUGGAUAAAUUUUACUAUUUUACUCUGUUAACAUCUAUGAUAAAUUAUUUCUAUGGAGGAGCUAUAAACGCUUAAAAUCUAACUAAUAAAUUUAAAAAAAUGUAAAUUACAAUAAAUUAUAUCGGUCUUAGCCUAAGCGUAAACACCAUUGUGUUAUCGAAAGGAUAACUUUUCACAAUAUUCAUUGUUGUAUUUUAUGUAUUUAAUUCAUUCAUUAUUCAUUCUCUUUACAUCUUUGUAUAUUAAACUAUUGGCGUGAAUCAAAUAAAGUACUAGCUUAAUUCGAAUGUGCCAUAUAUAAUGAUCGAGCUCUUUGUGAAUAGUAUACUUGGAGAUAUGUUGUUCACUUUGUUAUCCUUUCAAGGUCUGUAUGUACGUAUUUUAGAAGGAUGGUUAUUUUCCUCUGGCCCGGUUGCACAAAAGCCGGUUACAUUUUAACCGUGAUUAAUUUCACUAGAACCAAUCAGAGAAGCCGUCUUUUCAAUAAAGCCUUCUCUGAUUAGUUCUCGUGCAAUUAAUCACGGUUAAAAUUUAACCGGCUUUUGUGCAACCGACACUCUCUUUGAUCUAACGUGAAUUAUUUUUUAAUCACUAUUCCAAUAAAUUAGUUGAAUCUAGGAAAAAUAUGAAAUAAAUUCUAAACUUUCAGAUUAAGAAAGAAUAUUUUAUUGAUGCAUAAACUAUUAUCUGCUUGUGUAGUUUUUCGUAAAAUCUAAACUAAUCUUGGUGUUAUUUGCUUUGUUAAGAAUUUGAAAUUUUUACAAAAUCGAAUUUUGCCUUCCAUAAGGUGAAUGAACUUGAUUGCUGUUAUCAACUAUUGGUGUAAAUUGGAUGUUGUUGGUCUUAAAGCUGAAAUUGUGUUAUUGUUUCAAUAAUUUAGCAUAAUGUUACUACGCACUUUAUGCUUCCGCUUAUUCUUCAGAUUGGCUUGUGCUGAUUAAGAAUGACCUUGAAUUACUUGAUAAUAAUAUUAAAAUCAAAGACAAAUAGUUCUCAUUAUUUUAAGUCUAAAAUCAUUAAUAUAAAAUACCACAUCUCUCAACUCUAAACUAUUAUUGUUUGAACUUUGAUCCAAAAUAAAUCACGAUUCCUUGGCUUUUUUUGAAAAUGCCAACAAGGCAAGCUUUGAUUAGAAUUAUGCCGUUAACAAUUUUUAGAAAUUAUAGAUUGUUAUAAAUUUCCUAAAUUGCGUUACUUGUCUUCCAAAAAAUCUCAUUCACAAUGAAGGCUUGUAUUUUAUCUAAAAAUAUAUCAACGGUAUUUGAUCUAUUGUAUUUUUAUCAAAAAGUCGACUCUUCUUCUCAUAAUAAUGUUGAUAUAUCGAUACUGUUAUAAAGUUUAUUUGUUGUAACUUAGUGAUAAUGAAUUUAUGUACUAGAGACUAGUCAUAAAUAUAAUAUAUUUUCUUAUCAAAA